UUACGGGAAGUGGUACUGUACAUUGUUGUAUUGUUGGUUCAAUUGUAGCGAGAUGAGUGUGAAUGUUUUAGGUUAGUUAAUGGUAAGUGUGUAGUUGAUGAAGAAGUGACUCAAUUUUUGGUUUAUUUUGUUAAUUGUAAUUGAUAUUAUGGCUGCAGUCUGCAGGGAGGUGGUAGAAAAAAAGAAAAAGAGCUUUAAAGAGACAAGGGCGCUGCUUAGUGCUUACUGAGUUACUGCUUAAUUUUCUGUAGCAGUGUUUCAGCAAGCAGUACCUACUGAAUUCUGAAGCGUGAUUAAAGCUUUUAAUUUAAUUAUUUAAUAAAAAUUCUUCAACUAUAUUUUCUUUUUUGUUUUCUCUCUCUUUGUUGCAGAAAAAGCCACAAUAACUCUGAUGCAUCGUCAUCAAUGCUGCAUAGGACAUAAUAACAGCCUCACCCUCUAAAAUCGGUAGAGAAAAGGAGAGAGAAAAUAAAAAUUGAAAAUAAAAAAAACUCUAAUUCUACUUUAUUGUUCACACCUCUGACAGCUGGGGGGAAAAGAGGCAAGUAGGAAGGGGAAAAAAAAAAAGGUGAGUAAUAAUUUGUGGUUAUUAUGAAAGUGGGAUGGUAUGGAAGUGGACGAGAUUCAAAGUUGUCAACAAGCUUGCAAGUAUUCUAGGGUUAACUCGAAUGGUAGGAUUGAUUCUUCCAAGAUAGAAGGAGGAGGAGGUAGUGGUGGGCACGACAACGGGGGAAGAGGGGAUGAAGUGGAGGAGGAGAGUGAGCUCAGCCGUGCUAUCGUGCCCACCACAACAAGUUGUACCGCCCCCGCUGCUGUGUUAGGAAACGACAGCAGCGGAGGUGUAGGAGGAGAUAUGCAGGUUGAGAGUAGUAGCCGGUUUGGGAGACAGUGGCAGCACUCAUCUAGGAUAAUUAGGGUUUCGAGGGCUAGUGGGGGGAAGGACAGGCAUAGUAAGGUGUGGACGGCAAAAGGGCCGAGGGAUAGGCGUGUGCGACUGUCUGUUACUACGGCUAUUCAGUUCUAUGAUUUGCAAGACCGCUUGGGUUAUGACCAGCCUAGUAAAGCUGUGGAGUGGCUAAUUAAGGCAGCUUCCGAUGCUAUCAAUGAACUUCCGUCUUUGAAUACUAGUACUUUUCCGCCGGAGACUCCUAGGCAGCUGAGUGAUGAACGGAAGCCUAAUUUGCUAGCUGUAGAUUCGGCUGAUGUGGAAUUAGAUGGGGAUUGUAGUUACGGACAGAAUCAGCAACAACAGAUGGGUUCAAAGUCAGGGUGUUGUAGCAACAAUUCGGAGGCAAGUAAAGGAUCUGGGUUAUCAUUGUGUAGGUCUGAAAUCAGAGUUAAGGCAAGGGAGAGGGCGAGGGAGCGGACAGCCAAAGAUAAGGAUAGAGAUGGCGAGCCUUCCAGAGUUAGUAUUGUUUCCCAUCAACAACAACAUCAGCAGCAACAACAACAACAACAACAACAACAACAACAAAAUGUGAGCUCUAUGCCCCAAACAUCUUCUUUCACUCAGCUAUUGACAGCAGGAAUGAGCAAUCUAAAUGAGAGUAACAAUUCAGCAGCAGCAGCAGCAGCGAGCUCCAGCCCUUCCCCACAUCAUCACCAUGUAGAUUCAGAGGUGGAUUUGUUUCAUAAGCACUCUAGAGGAGGUGGGAAUAAUAAUAAUAAUCAGUGGUUAUCAUCAGCCGCAAGUACCACUCCAAUGGCGGAUUAUUUUGGUACCGGACUCAUGGCCUUAUCCUCAUCUCGGACAGGCCAAGUCCAGCUCGGGAACAACACAUCAUCUAUCCACAUUACAUCCUUUGGAGCUUCGGAAAAUCACCAUCAGUCUCACCAUGAAAACCUUCACCACCACCCACAUUUCCCUUUCUUGGCCGACCAACACCUCAUACAAGUAGCAAACGCGGCCGCCUCAGCCGGGGCCAGUGGUGCUGGUGCUGGUGCUGGUGCUGGUGCUGGUGGAAAUGAUUAUAACUUAAACUUCAGCAUCUCCUCAUCUUCCACUCCUACUUCCAGCCUCGCCGCUGGUUUCAACAAUAGGGGGACCCUUCAGUCCAAUUCUCCGUCUCUGUUGCCUUACCUCCAAAGGUUUUCUACAACAGACGGAUCAAGCUUGCCCUUCUUCCUUAGCAAUGCAACUGUCUCUUCUUCUUCGCCAACCAUUAUCGAAAAUCACCACAACCACCACCACCAACACCAACAGUUUCAUCCACCCGGGUUGCAGCUCUACUACGGUGACGGAUCCCGGGAUCCAGACCACAAGGGAAAAGGAAAGAACUGAUUUUUAUUCACAAAUCAUAUCAUAUUCAUCAUCAUCAGUUUGAAGACAUUGAUGGAUCGACAACGUAAAUAGAAGCUCCUGAGUCUCUCAAGUGAAUGCAGAUUAAACCUACUCAUGUACUCGAUCUACUUGUGAAUUUAACGCUUCUCAUUUUGUUUGGAUUCUUAUUUAUUUUUGUUCCCAUUUUCUAGUCAAUGUAAUUUUGUUUCGAUUCACCUGCCUGAAUGAAUUUGUUCAUUUAUGCCAAAGCAAAGAUGUGUGUUUUCAAAUACAAUGUACUAGUAUCAUUUUCAAUUAGUAGUUGGUAAUUAUGUUUCUUGGUUACUUUCUUUUGAUAUGAAAUCUUCAUAUUAUUGAGCC